AUGCCGAUCGCCGAGACGAUGAUUCUAUCAGCUGUCCUACAAAGCCUGGUGAAGUUGUUAACGACUCUCGCUGUGGAAAACUUUUUCAAGGGGCGAGGACAAAAUGAGACCAUACCGGGGAGGCUGAAUUCCACACUUUUGACAAUAAAUGAAGUGCUUAUUGAUGCGGCGGAUCAGCAAAUAACGAGGAGGGCAGUUGAAACUUGGGUCAAUGAGGUGAAAGAUGCAGUUUACGAGGCCGAGGAUGUUCUUGAUGAUAUUACUACAGAAGCAUGGCGUCGAAAAGAAGCUACCAACUGGCUUCGGCUUGACAGUGUGCCCUCCCUUUCGAAGUCCAAGCUUCAGAUGGUCACGGAGAGGCUCGAGAAACUAGAAUUACGGAAAAAUAGCCUCAAUUUGAAAGCGGACACAAGGUGCAGACACAUAGCAAGAUCGACGACAACAUCUUCUCUAAUACGCAAAGAAGACGUGCUUGGCAGGGAAACAGACAUGGAGAAUAUCAUGGGAUUCUUGAUGGCGGAUAUUUUAGACACUAACAAUAACAAUAUAUCCGUGGUAGCCAUCGUGGGCAUUGGAGGAGUUGGCAAGACCGCGCUUGCACAGCUCCUGUACAAUGAGGUGCGGUUUGAGAAUCAUUUUACAAAAGCCUGGAUUCAUGUGUCAGAGAAGGUUGAUGUUUUAAGCAUUACCAAGAUAGUUUACGAGUCGUUCACUUCAAGACCAUGUCAUUUCACUGACUUAAAUCUACUCCAGGAUAAGUUGAAAAAGAAGUUAGGAAGUAGCAAAAUUCUGCUCGUUCUUGAUGAUCUGUGGAAGUGGAGUGAAACUUUUAGGGACUGGAAUCUGCUAUGCCAACCCUUUGCAUCUGCUGCUCAGGGGAGCCUAAUUAUUGUGACAACGAGAAGUCACCAUGUGGCGGAACACGUGCAUGCUAGCCGCAUACACACACUUCAGCCUCUUUUACCUGGAGACUGCUGGAGGCUGAUUGAAGAACAGCCACAUGGUGUUAAGAAGCAGGAUCUUAAUCGAGAAUUUGGAACCCUUGCAGAAAAGGUAGUUCCCAAGUGCAAUGGUCUACCUUUGGCUGCGAAGGAAUUUGGCAAUUUGUUAUGGUCUAACGUAGAAGUUGGUUACUGGAAGAGAAUCUUAAAAAGCAAGAUCUGGACUGCUCCAACCGAUUCGACCAAGAUACUCCCUGUUUUACGAGUCAGCUAUCAUUACCUUCCGCCUCACCUGAAACGAUGUUUUGCCUACUGCUCCAUAUUUCCAAAAGGUUAUGCCUUCGAUAAGAAUAAUGUAGUUCUUUUAUGGAUGGCAGAGGGACUUUUGGAGCAGGACAAAACCAUAGAGAGGAUGGAAGAUGUUGGAGAUGGAUACUUUUCAGAACUAGUUUCAAGGUCGCUUUUCCAACGAGACAGUACUAAACCGACAAAGUUCAUAAUGCAUGAUCUUAUCAACGAGUUGGCUCAAUUUGCAGCGGGGGAGUUCUGCUUUAAGUAUGAGGAUGGAAUUGAAGAGAUAACAGGAAAAACAAGGCACCUGUCGUACCUGCGUGAACAAUAUAGUGGUGAAGCUGAUAAGUUUGAGAAAGUGCCCGGUGCAAAGUUUUUGCGAACUUUUCUUCCUUUGAGCCUUGAAGAUACUUCUAAAUCCUGCAAAUUAAAUGGCACGGUCAGCGACAAGAUACUCCCGAAGCUUACCCGCCUGCGUGUAUUGUCUUUGUCUCAUUAUAGUAUCGAGAAGUGGCCCCCACAUAUUUUCAAGAAUAUGAGGCAUAUCCGGUACUUAGACCUCUCUAAUACUAAUAUCAAGAGUCUUCCAACAUCUGUUUGUUGUCUGUAUAAUCUUGAAACACUUCUACUCUCGUACUGUCCCGAUCUGAUCCAACUGGACGAAGCUAUCUGCAAUCUUAUCAGGAUGGAACAUCUUGGUCUGACUUCAACGGGGUUGAAACAGAUGCCAAUACAAAUUGGUAGAUUGAAGAGGCUCCAUACUCUUACAACUUUCGUUGUUGGUGAUGGAAAAGGGGCGAAGAUUUCCGCACUUGGCGAUCUCAUAGAGCUUCGCGGAGAACUUACCAUUCUUGAGCUGCAUAGAGUUGGGGAUGUCAGGGAUGCAGAAGAAGCAAAUUUGGAGACCAAGAUCCAUCUAAAAGUGAUAGAUUUUACCUGGAGAACAUCGGGUCCUCUCUAUAACCAAAUCUCAGGGAAGCUGAACGAAGACGCGAUCUUUGAGAAGUUACGUCCACAUAACAAGAUAGAGGCACUCACCAUAACAAAAUAUUAUGGAAAUAGUUUCCCGGCGUGGAUGAGUGAGCCUUCAUUCUCUAGCAUCGUAUCCUUAGGUCUCUCUGAAUGUCAAUUGUGCAAGUCUUUGCCAUCUCUUGGGCGACUAUCAGCUCUCAAGGAUCUUCACAUUUCAAAAAUGAGGGAGCUGAAAAGCAUAGGUUCAGAAUUUUACACCAGCCAUCCUGAAAGGCCUCAUCAAGAUCAGCAGCCGUUUAGGUCCCUUAAGAUGCUGACAUUUGAAGACAUGCCAAAUUGGAAAGAGUGGGUAAAUGUAGAAGUCUUCGGAGGAACGCUGUUCCCUAAUCUUGAGGAACUUUUCAUAGGGAGUCCUGAAAUGAAAGAAACUAGUGAUCUCUCAUCCGAGAAUACUAAAAGUACAGGGACUAAUUUUGGUAUUAGUGGAUUAUUGUCAAUUCAAAGAAGAACCAACUAUAACCAAGGGAGGAAAUUGAGGUUAACUGGAAGAGCUUCUAAGGCUCAAAAAAGUAUUAGAAGAACAGUGUAUGUAUCUGACAUUGAUCAGAGUGUGACUGAGGAAAUCCUGGCUGGCUUGUUCAGCAGCUAUGGGCAAGUUGUUGAUUGUCGAAUCUGUGGAGAUCCAAAUUCGGUUCUUCGUUUUGCAUUUGUUGAGUUUUCUGAUGAUCAAGGUGCACGGGCGGCUCUAAGUGUCGGUGGAACAAUGAUCUGUUAUUACCCAGUUAGAGCCUAACCUUCAAAAACUACUAUUCUUACAGUGAAUCCCACAUUUCUCCCCGGAUCAGAAGAUGAAAGGGAGAUGUGUACAAGAAUAUGCUUCUAUAAACUUGCAGGCCAUGAAGAUGAUGUCAAAACUUUCUUUGAGUCUGCUUGCGGUGAGGUUACUCGCAUAAGGCUUCUUGGUGACCAAUUGCAUUCUACUCGCAUAGCUUUUGUUGAAUUUGCCAUGGCAGAGAGUGCAGUUGCAGCGCUCAACUGCAGCGGAAUAGUCUUAGGAUCUCAGCCCAUAAGGGUAAGCCCUUCAAAGACACCAGUGAGAUCACGAACCACUCGUUCACCAUCGACAAACUAGGAGAAACAGACUCAAUACUGGCUUUUGCUGAUGAAGGAGAGUGAUGCAGCAUUUCAUUUCUCAUUUAGUAAUUCUACCAUUUUUCAGUUAUCUUUUAUUUUAUUUUCAUAGAGCAGUUAUCUUUCCAGUUCUGUAGUAUCUGGAAAGCAAAAGCAACCAUGAACAUGCUUCUUGAAUUUUGGAGUUCUUGUUCUGAGUUCUUAGACUCAUUUGAGUUAUAUCAUCUUUCUCAAAC